AUGAAUAUGGCGUCUAAUCGUACAACGUCAAAUAACAAUCAACAAAGUGAUGAUGAUGAUGAGAAAUUUCAAGUAAACAAGCGUCCGUGCAUGAACGACGUUAUAGCCAUUAGGGCUGAUGAUAUGUUCAAAAUUGCCAAAACAAAUCAAACAAAAGAUGAUCGUUUUGUUAUUAACGUGUUUCAUAAUAAACUUGAUAAAAAGGCUGUGCAUAUCUUUCCUGAAGACAUAUUAGUAAACUUUGAUAUUAAUUGUGAUUCUCACAUUCGAACAAUCAACGAACUGCAAGUAAAAAAUAACGUAAGUGUGUUUCUAUCUGGAAACGGUCAGGAACUGAUCGGAUAUUUCCUGUGCAAUUCCGGCCGCAAGGAACCUGCCGAACUUGCUGGAAUCGAGAAGAGCUGUACCGGAACCGACUCAGAUUUCAACGGAUCCAGUCGCCGGAAUGAUCGACCUGGUAUGCAAUUCACAAUUCAAUCAAUGUUGGAAAAGAUUAUUCUUGUCGAUGAUCAUUACCAACUACUUAAUGAACUGGUCGGUAAUAACUCAGUUGAUACAAAUAACAUCGUUUCGUGUGUUAUGGAUCACAUUUCGAACAUACAAAUCGAAAAUCAUCUCCAACAAUUGACUAAAAUGAUCGCAUUACAAUGCUUUGACACGAAAUCUUUGAGUGUCAUCAUUGAUCAAAUUGAUUCGAUGGUCAACAGCGAAGAUGUCCCUUUGAAAAAGAAGUUCAUUGGAAGAUUGCUCAAAGAAACAAAUUUUAUUAUCAGAGAAAAAAUCUUCUUACUUAUGAUUCAUUCAUGGAUGACUACAUUCGCCUAUGUGCAAUGGUUAUGUCAUGGUGGUGUUGAUAUUUUUCUGUAUCUUUGUGUGAUGUAG